AUGGCAAAUACUGCUCAUUUAAUGAGGCGGCAGAGCUCGCGGGAUCUUUAUGCCCAACGGUCCCUGGAUAGAAUGGAGAUGAAGGAAUUGCGUGGGCGUUUAGUUACUAUGGAGAACGGUCAUCCAUCACACCGUACUCAUGUCAUGUAUGGUGCAACUAAUGAGGCUUUCGAAGACACCAGUCCCAACAGACAAUCUUCAGAGACUCCAACUAGUAAAGCUAGUUCUGGUGAGGAUCGAGUUGUUAAGCCCGAAGGGGUAGAAUGCGAGAGAGAGUCGUGGGACAGUAAACUCACUUUUCUCCUUGCCACCGUUGGCUACGCAGUUGGGCUGGGUAAUGUAUGGCGAUUUCCAUACCUGGCACAGAAAAAUGGUGGUGGUGCAUUCUUAAUACCUUACUUUGUAAUGUUGGCAAUUGAAGGCAUACCAAUAUUUUAUCUGGAGUUAGCCAUCGGGCAACGUCUGCGGAAAGGUGCUAUUGGCGUUUGGCAUCAAGUGUCGCCAUAUCUUGCUGGUAUUGGGAUAAGUUCAGCUGUGGUCUCAUUCAACGUUGCACUGUACUACAACUCUAUCAUAGCCUGGUGUUUGUUCUACUUCGCGCAAAGCUUCCAAGCGGAGCUGCCUUGGUCUGAAUGUCCGAAGAAAUACUUCAGCAAUGGAUCGUACAUCCCCGAGCCCGAAUGUGCUGAAAUUCUUACUUUAGAAUAA